AUGAUUUUCUCAACAGCUGCGACAGUCUUGUCAAUCUCUCCAAAGUCUUUGGACUGUGAAAACACGUUGAUACCGUCCAAAGCAGCGGUCACAAGUUCGGGUCCCGUUUCCCUUGUGUCUCUUCCAACGAUCACGAGACCUGCUUUUCCCACAUCAAUAUUUUCCUUGGCCACGAUGUCCUCCACAUCAGCCAAGAGAUCCUCGCUAUUUGCAAGUUGUGUAGCGUACGGUUCCCACACCUGGGGCAGCAUCUCACCCAACGGGUCCACAAGCUUGACUCCGUUGUCCUGUGGCGGGUUGUGCGAGGCGGUGAUCAUGACUCCAAUGGUCUUUCCUUCUAGUUUGGCAGAUCUUAGUGCGGCCAGAACCCCAACUCUGAACACGGUGGAGUCCAAUUGCGCGCCCAGUGUUCUGAACCCGGCGGUUCCAUACGCAAACUGGGCGUUUGGCGGCUUUGGAUGGGAUUUGCUGGCGGCUAAAACUGGAUCAAGGGACAUUGUUAAGACAAAUAAACAAAAUAAAUAA